AUGGGAUACUCGGAUGAAAAGUGGUGGCUAAAAAGCCUUCCUCAUGACAUCCGAUCAAUGCCAAUUGCCAACCAAAUCUCAACCAAAAAGUCAAAAAUACCCCCAACACCACACAAUAACAAUGUUUCUCGUUUUUCAACAUCCAUAACCAUCAAACCCAGAUGGCAAUUUCGGCCCACCUUGCAGAACAAUAAAGUUGAAGACUUUUAUGUUCUUCUUCACCUGGGGCUUGAAGGAAUGACAACAAUCGGAAUCCACAAACCCCGUUUCACAAUUCCACCCUACUAUGGACUCCGGAAUCCUCGAUUCCAUUCCAACCCAUCAAUCAUCAAAAUGACAAUGAGCUCAGGAUCUUCACAGGGGAUAAAAAAACAAGAUUUAUCAUUAAAGAUUCAAGAAAACUAUAUUUGUAAAUCAGAAACUACAAAUCUUCAAUUUGAUCGGUUGCAACACCAUGAUCAACUAUUUGUUCAAGACAAGAAACAUGAAUUCGGGCAGUUUGUUGCACGUCGGGCAGUUCUCGAUGAAGAAUAUUGGGCAGCAGCAUGGCUUAGGGCAGAAACCCACUUGGAAGAUAGGAAAGAUGAUAGAUUUGCUGAUAGCUACAGAAGGAAAUUUACAGAGCAGGAGUUUAAUGCGCUAAAACGACAAUGUGAAACAAAACAUGGACAAAAAAGUGCCUGCAUUGUAACGGUAAAGAAAGAAAAUGGGAGUGAGAGACAUACUGUACUGAAAAGUGUAGUUGGAACCCUUGAUGUAAGCAUCCGACCCUUCUUACAUGGAGAGACCUUUCCAGGGGAAAAAGUGAAAGCAACUAUCUUCUUCAACACAGAAACAAAAGAACCAAAAAAACAAUACGGUUAUAUAGCCAACUUAUGUGUCGCCAAGUCAGCACGCAGACAAGGCAUUGCAAGAAACAUGUUACAUUUCGCCAUUAACACUGCCAUGUCAGAUGGUGUAGAACAAGUGUAUGUGCAUGUGCACAGGAAGAACAUAGCUGCACAAGAACUUUAUAAAAAAAUAGGAUUCAAGAUUGUUGAUUUAGCUACCCCUCAAUUAUCAGGAGAUAAAACAUACUUACUUUGUUACAUGGAAUAAAAAAAUGUAUACAUAUAUAUAAAUAUAUUCUCCAUUAUUGUAUCAAAAACCAGCUACAAAAGUAUGGCCACAUAUUCUUUUCAUCUUCUUCUCAUCCAAACAUGUUCUCAAUCUUGCAACAUGUCCCCAAAUAUCAGCUCCAGCGUACAUAUCAAUCAUAAUGACAUCACAAACAACAUUUCGAGGGGUAAUUUGGUAAAUUCUAUUAGCGAGUUCUAUAUCCCCAUGGAUUCUACACGCACUAAGUAAAGCUACCCAAACAUCUACAUCUGGCUGAAUUGGCAUAUUCUGAAUGAAUUCAUAAGCUUCGACAAGUUCCCCAUUUUUCCCAAGAAGAUCAACCAUGGAAACACAAUGAUCUAUUCCAGGAAUGAUAAAAUAGUCCUCUGACAUGCUUUUGAAAUGCUUUUUUCCUUCUUCUAUAAGUCCUGAAUGUCUGCAAGCUGUUAAGAUAGCCAUGAAUGUAACACUAUUAGGUCUAAUUCCUUCCUCUUUCAUCUUUGAGAACAAAUACAUUGCUUCUUUCCCAUAUCCAUGAGAUGCAUAAGCCGAAAUAAUUGAAGUCCAUGAGACUACACUUCUAUGAGAUAAACUGUAAAACACAUUUGAAGCUAAAUCCAAACUCCCACAUUUUGAGUACAUGUCUAUGAGAGCAUUUGUAAUUGGAACAUUGGAAUCCAAACCGUUUCUUUUCACUAACUCAUGUACCCGUUUACCCAUAUCCAAUGAUCCAAGACCCGCACAUGCUGAAAUAACACUCACCAUUGUGAUAUUGUCAAAACUUAUAUUCUUUUCUUGCAUUGUAUUGAAGAGUUGUAUUGCUGCUUCAUUGGAAUUAUUAUGUUCAUAAGAAGCAAUCAUUGCAUUCCAUGAAACCAGUGUUCGAGCUUCCAUUUGAUCAAAUAAAGCUCUAGCUAUCUUAACAUUACCACAUUUACCAUAUAAUGCAAUCAGAGAAUUAGUAAGAGAAAUAUACGAGUCAACCCCGAGUUUGACUCCUAAUCCAUGAACCAACAUUCCCAUGUUCAAAAACUGUAAACUUGCACAAGCAGGAAGAACACUCACAAGAGUUAUAGCGUUUGGUUUAGUUCCAGAAGUGAUCAUUUCAAUGAAAGUCUUCAAUCCCUUGAUUAAAUAUCCAUUUUGUACGUUAGCUGCAACCAUUGAAGUCCAAGUCACCACAUUUCUUACAACUAUGUCGUCAAAAGCUUGUUCUGAAUCUAAAGGUUCCCCAUUUUGGGCGUACAUUGUCACCAAGGAGCUCUGAAUGUACACAUCUACAUCGAACCCGAUUUUAAUCACGUUACAAUGCACUUGUUUACCUUCCUGUAAAGCAGAUACCAUGGCACAAGAUCUCACCACGGAAGUGAAAGUGUAGGUAUCGGGUGAUAAUCCACUCCGAUGCAUGUUUCUGUAUGUAAAAAUAGCUUCUUUACAAGGCCCCAGGUGGGAGUAACUCCGAAUCAAAGUGUUCCAGAGGAAGACGUCUCGGUGGGGCAUUGCGUCGAACAUCUGGCGGGCAUAUUCCAUUGUUGGCGAUAAAAGAACCGCCUUGUUGAUGAGUUUGGUGGAUACGGGGAGACUUUUGUGGGAUCCAUUAGUGAGGAUGAGAGCGUGAACUUGUUUCAAUUGUGAAAGGGACGAACAAGAAUCAAGAAGUUCGUUGAAACGAAAGUGGGUUGAGAAAAGGGGUUGAAAUUUUUCCAAGAGUGAACGUAAAGAAUGAGAGAGCAUGAAUGUAUCACCUUCUAGUUUAAAAAUACCCAAAACCAGAUCAUAGCCCUUUUGCUCGCAGCUUUAAGCUUUUGACACCUAGAAUUAAAGAGCUACCCGCUAGCAGAUUAAACAAAAU